CACCAGCAAGCAAGCAAAAUGAAGCUACAUUGUUCUUCAGAUAUCAUCAAAGAGUCAUCAAAGAGUGGUUGGCAUAUCAACAGUGAGUGAAGAUUCGCAUUCAAUAUAGGCAUAAUGCAAAUUAAUCAAUUAACUGACUCAAUUCAUUUGGAAAGCAGAUAAUACAAGGAAACGAAUGUCCUUGAUUAUUUAACAGUUUUAUUAAUUCUUAGGUGAACAACUGCAGUAGAGUGCAUGAAUCUUGUGUGGUGUAUCAAAUGAAUACAUCGGUAUGUGUUGGGGCCUUAUAAAUCCAAGGUCGUUUGCUCUACUUUCUCUGGAUGGCGACAUCAAUCAUCAAAUUACAUACCCUUUCCGGUGCCAAUGAUAACGGAGCGCCCUGUUAUUUACUUCAAGUAAGAUGAAUUUCACUGUCUUCUUGAUUGUGGUUGGUGUGAAAAACUGGAUAGUGCUUAUGUGAAAGAGGUUUCGAAGUGGGCCAAACACAUUGAUGCCGUGCUUCUUAGUCAUCAGAGCUUAAGACAUCUUGGGCUACUCCCGUAUCUUGUGGGGACAUGUGGACUUAACUGCCCAAUUUACGCUACAACUCCUGUUUAUAAAAUGGGACAGAUGUUUUUGUAUGAUUUUUACCAGUCAAGACAUGCGUCAGAAGACUUUCAUCAUUUCACCCUUGAUGACGUGGACCUAGCAUUUGAUAAUGUUCAUCAGGUUAAGUAUCAACAAAUGACCAGUCUUCAUGGACGUGGUCAUGGAUUAUGUAUAAUACCACUUCCGUCAGGACAUACUAUUGGCGGGACUAUCUGGAAAAUAGUCAAAGAAGAUACAAGUAUUGUCUAUGCCCUAGAUUUCAACCACAAAAAAGAAAGACAUUUAAAUGGAGCCACAUUCGAUGCUUGCUUACGUCCUCAUUUAUUGAUCAUGGAUGGUUCCAACACUUUAUAUACUCAGCCUAGGAGGAAAGACCGCGAUGAAAAUUUACGUCAAACAAUAUUGAAAACCUUAAGACGUGGUGGGAAUGUGUUGAUUGCAGUUGAUACAGCCGGCCGGUGCCUGGAGGUCGCCCAUUUUCUGGAGCAGUGUUGGCUCAAUCAAGAUUCUGGUCUAAUGGCUUAUGGAUUAGCAAUGAUAAAUAACGUGGCCGUGAAUGUCGUAGACUUUGCAAAGUCUAUGGUUGAGUGGAUGUCUGAGAAAGUAAUGCGGUCUUUUGAAGACCAGAGGAGCAAUCCAUUUCAUUUCAGGCACAUGCAGCUUUGCCAUACACUGGAGCAACUAGAUGCAGUUUCGGAGCCAAAAGUUGUUCUUUCAUCACUUUCCGAUCUUAGCUCUGGAUUUUCACGUCAGUUAUUUGCUGAGUGGGCUGACAAUGAUUUAAAUGCAGUUAUUCUUACCUCUCGAGAUUCUGUCACUACUGGAAGUGAUGUGUCUCCUGCUCAUAGCUUAAUAUCACGUCUUAUUGGACUAGCAAGGAAGGACGUAGAAGCAAGAAAAGACUUGCCAACAAGUUCCACUGGGACUUUAAUUCUUCCUUUAACGCUGUCACAAAGAGUAUCGUGUUCCCAAAUAGAACGAGCGGGUUCUGACAUUCCACACUUGAGGAAUUCCACGAAAAUUUUAUCAGCUGCACAGAAUAUCAGUCCAACAACUGGUGACUUCCCUUCAGAAACAGAACCUACAGAUGUAACCACUAGUUUAACAGAGAUCGUUGUGCCAUCGUUGAAUGAUGCUCCAUCUGAUGAAGUUUCGUCACAGAAACCAGAAGAAGCCCCUGAAAGACGCAUUUCAUGUGGAUCUGAAAUGGAAAUUGAAUCAACGCCUAAUGAAAGUCGUCCUAGUGAUUUGGUUGAUUCUAGCGGAGAUAAAUUCAAGCCUCUUCCUCUCACAUUAUCCGUUCCGAGAGAUCGUUCCCAGAAGACACCUGUUCCAGACAGUAUGGUUAAGCUAAUUCCUCAGACUAACUUACAUUCAAUGCCCAUGAAUGUAGACCACUUCGGGGGAACAACUGCUCAUCUGACUGCCGGACGACAUCAGGCUGGCUAUGAUAUAUAUCCAGGACUUCAUAAUCAGGCUGGGGGACAGUUUUUCCGUGUUGCUAAACGAACUCAACUCAUGUUUCCUCAAAACGAAAAGAAAGUUCAUUGGGAUGAAUAUGGGGCACAUGUUGAUCCGGAAUUGUUUGCUUCGGCUGAACCUAUUUCUAACCAGGUAGCAUUACAGCUUUGCGACGUUAAAAAUAAAGAUAUAAAAGCAAGUCCAGAUUUUGUCGCAUCGACUUUCACUUCUACAUCAAUAUUGGAUUAUUUAGUUGCAAAAACACCAAAUCUUGAUGUAUUGGAUACGGAUACACGUUGUGUAAUACACAAUUUAGAAAUACCUUUACGUUGUGAAAUUAUAUUUUUGGAUUAUGAGGGUCGAUCAGAUGGUGAAGCUAUGAAGCGUAUACUAAUUGGUUUAAGACCCCAAGAAGUGAUUUUAGUUGGCAAUAAUGCACCAGCUAUUGAUCAUCUUGCCAAUUAUUGUCGUGGUGUUAUGAUGUUAGAUUCAAAACAAAUACAUAUUCCUCAUACACUAGAAGUUGUCAAUUGUACAAAAGAAGGUGAUAUUUAUCAAGCACGAAUGAAGGAUAGUUUAGUAUCCAGUUUGAGAUUUACAAAGAUACGUGAUUAUGAACUGGCUUGGGUUGAAGCAGUUGUAUCAAUUGAUGAUAAAUCGAAUUAUCAUAUUAAAGAAGAGACAGAAAAUGAAGAUGAAGAAAUGUCCAGUGAUAAUAAUAAUAGUCAUGAUCAUAAUGCUGGAUCAGAAUCUAAAAGUCGUACACCACUAGCUGCUGAUGAUUUACCAGUUCUUAGUCUUCCAACAGGUCCUGUUGGACGACAUGAUACUGUCUUUGUCAAUGAACCAAAAUUAUCAGAUUUGAAACAGCUUUUAUUAUCACAAGGUUUAAUGGCAGAAUUUGUCAGUGGUAUAUUAGUCGUUGAUAAUUGUGUAGCAAUUAAACGUUCAGAAGCAGGUAAAUUAUUACUAGAAGGCUUAUUAUGCGGAACGUAUUUUGAAGUACGUCGUAUCCUGUAUCAACAAUUCGCUAUCUUGUGAUGAAAUGAAGACAAAAAAAGCAAACAACAGCAUUAUUUUUGUUCUGUACACAUAUUAUUGUACAUGUAUAUAUAUUUUUUGUGAAAUAAAUAUUGUUUUGCUAUUGUUUGCCUGUCUUCUGUUACCUUCUAAGUGUAAUUGGUUACACUGAACUGAUAUGUUGAUGUAUUUUCAUUUAGUAUAAUGUGUAUACUACUUUUUGAGUAGUAUUUUAUUGGUCUGGACUGUUGACUUCCUAUCAGUGGGUCAUGGGUUUGACUUCGGCUUGGCCUACCGAUGUGUUUGGGCAGUCAAGUAGUAUCAGACUAAUCCUUACACAAUAGGUGUAUGGUUUAUUGAGUAACAUUUCAUGCAUUUUUUCAGUUGUUUGUUUUUGUUGUCAUACAUAUGAAAAGUGACAAACAUUUACACUUACGAAACACGAUAAAAAUAGCUGUGUAGAAAUUGAAAGUAAAUGUCUAUGGCUCAGUGGUAGAAUACUUGCCAACUACCCGAGU